AUGUUCCGUAAGCCGAAAGCAAAAGGAGCGAUCCGUCAGCGAAAAAUCGAUACUUGUGACGAGGAAAAAGACGAAGAGACGGAAGAGUCGUCAGUUUUCGAGAAGAAAAAAGCAGCGCAACCACGCGCCGCGUUCAGUUUCGACGUCGACGAGGGCGCCGACUCGUCUUUCAAGCUGAAAAAAGACAAAAAGAAGGUGGAGGAGCUGAAAAGACAGCAAAAAUUGGAGGAAGAAGCGGAAAAGUUCCGGAAAGAGGAGGAAAAAGAGCGGAAAGAGGCGUUGGAGAGGGUGGUGAAACGGGAAAAACAGUCGAAAGAGGAGAAGAAGACGAAAGACGAGCGACGGAAAUAUUUGGAUAAAUAUAGAGACAAAAGUGCCAAACACGUGUCGAAUUCGGACAAUUUCGAGUUUGAAGAGCACCUGGAUAUCGAUCCGGAUACUCUCAGGUUUGUGUGAAAUUAAUUAAUUUCAAGCCCAAAAUCUUAACUACUGCUUCAAUUUCUCCAUUUAAAAUUUGUAAUUGCUUUUCAGCAGCGUCACCAACAAGUUCUCGUCUAUUUUUGAAGGAAUUCCGGAUUCUCGGGCGGUUUUCGAGGCGAAAAAGCGGCGAGAACGGGCGAGACGCGAGGGCAAUGACGGAUAUAUUCCCCUGGACGAUACGCAGAAAAUAAAAUCGAAGAAUGAACGAGGACGGCUGAUUCGUGAGGAUGAGAAUGACGAUUCUGAUGAGGUUAUUAUUGGUGUCCUUUUGAUUUUUCAACAUUUUUUUCCCUAAUUUUUUAAAACCUAAAAACCCCCAAAUAACGCGUUCAGGAAUGCGCCAGUAAAUUCUAUUCGGCGCGCGAGCUCCUUCGCACCGAAGAGGACCGAAAACGGGAGGAACAAGAGGGAUUUUUGGAGCGAGAAAAUGGAGAAAUCGAGGAAAAUUAUGAGGGAAAUGCGCGGGAUUCCGAGGAGGAAGAGUGGGAGAAACAGCAGAUUCAGAAGGCGGUCAGUGGCAGAAAGGUACGCCUGUUUUUAUUCAAAAGUAAAUGCGUUUUAUUAAAAGGAUAUUCGUUUCGGUAGAAGUGUGAAUACAAACAAAAGGCCGUUAUUCAAGCCACUAGAGUGCCGUCCAGAUGGGACAUGUCCCGGAAAAGUUGGGGAAUUUACCGGUUUCCCGAAGUCUAUUGUCCAGAGAAGAUUCUCGGUCCGUGGGCCCUGCGGACAAGCAUAGUUGUCACUGUUCGGGCCCGAAAUGUUUAGACCCAGGGCUGCUCAGGCCUAGGGCCAAAAAGAAAGGCAUUUUCUCAAAAACCAGGGCUUUUAGGCCCUAGAAUAAUAUAUCUGGACAAUAGAGGAACUUUGACGAAUCGAAGAAAACGAGACAGCGGGCACAUUUAGUUCCCUGAUCAGAAUUUCAAAUCCAGAUGACUCAACUGACAGUAUUCCCAUCGAAUAGUACGUCAAAUAGACAUCUCCCUUCACAAAACUGCGGAAUUUUGCCGCAACAACUGAAAUACGUGAUGGGACUAACAGAAUUGUAGAUUGGUCAAUUGCGAACGGAAAAAAGGAAUACGGCGAAAUUGUUUGGCCACGUGGCACCGGCAGAGCACAUGGAAAUGGACAUGGACAUUGACAUGGACAUCGAAGUGAUUCCGACCGGAAAACCCGCUUUUAUGGGUAACUCUGUUCAAUAACAUUGAAAAGAAGUGCAUAUUACGGCGUGCACGGUUUAUCACCAUUUUCUCGUGAAAUUCGAAAUUUAACCCCAUUUUUCAUGUUUUUCGAAAAAAAUUACCCAAAUUUUUUACGAUUUCUUUUGCCGGUAUGAAAAUUCCGUAAUUGCGAAAUUGCGGCAAUUUUCAAAAAACGCGUCUCAGAUUGGGCCACGCCCCUUUCUACACUUUUGGUCGCCGUGGUGUAUGCUAAAUGACGAUUGUUUACGCUAAAUGCAACAAAAAAAAAUGCAAUUAACUUUUGUGACAAACUUUGAAACUGUGAAAAUACACUUAUUUUUUGCAGGACCAUCCAACACAGGCGGCGUCAUAAAACUGGAGGAUAUUCUGGCGAAACUGAAAUUGCGAAUCGGAGAACGGGAAGAGGCGCUGAAUUUCCGAAGAGAAGAAACGAGAAAAAUGAAUGAGAACUUGGAUGGAAACAGAAAUAUGAUUGGAAAAGUAGGACUACAAAAGCUGAAUUGAGAACAAUUUUUUUAAAACAAACACAAAUACGCUCAUUUUCAGCUGGAAACGGAACUGCCGAAACAAAGUGAAAAGUACACAAUGUACCAGGAGCUGCGCAUCUAUUCCCGGUCCCUUUUGGAGUGUCUCAACGAGAAAGUGGCCGAAAUAAACGAGAUAAUCGAUAAGAAACGGGCGUGCGGAAGGGCGCGGACGAUGCGGAUCUGCGGGCGCAGGCGGAAGGACACGAUGGAUCAGCACGCCGAGUGCACGCAGGCAAAGGUCGUGAGGACCGCGGAGGCGACGAGCAGGGCCGCCGAACGCGAGGCCAGGAGGUGAACAUCUUGGCUAUUUUCCAAUAGAAAUAACUUGUGGGAAUAAUUUUCGCGCAAUAAGUCUACUAGCAGAAAGCGAAAAAUAAAAAAAAUUCGCACAAUUUCGCAAUAUAUCGGAAAAUUGCGAAACCACGAAAUUUAUGCAGAAACUCUAUAUGAGGUUGCGCCGAACUGCCAGAACUGUCCCGAGAAACGGAGAAACAGACUGAGCACCCGUUCCCAAGCUUAGCGCCCGGGAAGCAGAUCGAUAACUCUGUUCGCUUUUUAUUAAAUAAGAAUGAUGAUUGCAGAGGACGGCGCCGCCGCGAACGCGAGUCGACCCUUUCGGGAAUCAGCCACGAAGAGGGCCUGAGCACGGACGACGAGGAGCCGACGCUGCAGUCGAUGGCCGAUCGGAAGACGGAAGAGGAGACGGAGACGGCGGCGGCGGUCGUGUUCGCCGACGCACUCGAGGAGUAUUCGGACGUGAAAAGAGUGCUCGGACGGAUGACCGACUGGCUCGCCGUCGACGGAAAAUCAUUCCAGGACGCGUACGUACAAUUGUGCAUUCCCAAACUGUGCUCGCCGUUCGUACGAUUGGAAAUGCUCAGAGCCGAUGUGUUGAAGGUUCGCUUUUCUUCUGUUCUUUGUUCAAGUUAUUAGGUUUAGUGCACAGUACGCAGAGCCACCCACCUUCACCCAAUUCUUUGUUGCAGAACGAAACGUCAAUGACGUCAAUGCACUGGUUCCGAACGGCCGUUCUGGCCGGUUCGGAAAACACGGAAAUCGAUCAAAGUCACGCGAUUCUGGUCGAAUUGGCGCCGGCGAUCGUCGAAAAAGUCGUCAUUCCCUUUUUGAUUGGUAAUUUUUGAAAAGCUGACAAAUUUGACGGCCCCAAAUUAUGUAAAACAUUGCAGACACAAUAAGAGAGGAAUGGGAUCCAAUGUCCCUGCGGCAGACCCGGAAUUUGGCCACAUUCUGUUCGAUUUUCGAAAAGAUGCCGAACUUGAACGAACGCAGCAAACAAUUCACGGCGCUUCUGGGAGCGAUCCGCGAAAAAGUUUGCGAUUCGAUCGGAAAAGACCUUUUUAUGCCGAUUUUCUCGCCGACGCAACUGGAGAACCCCGCCUGUCGCCAGUUUCACGAUCGACAAUAUUGGAUGUGUAUUAAGGUGAGUUUCAAAUUUAAAAAGUUAUAAAGACAAUGUUUGCAGCUAAUCAAAUCGAUAAACGCCCUGUCCGGCCUGAUUUCGGUGGCCGCGCGUUUCGAGUUGAUCGUCGAGAAAAUCGUCAAUUCGCUGCUCGUGAUGGCCCUCGGAAUGAGCGCGAAAAACGACGUGGCGACGGAGCGGAAGACGCGCGGAAUGCUCGCCGAACUCGACGAUCCGCUGCUCGGAAUGGGCGGAAUGAGCUCGUUUCAGCCGUUAAGCAAGACUUUGGUAGCUAUUGCGGAAGCACAGAGUCUCGCAGGAAGGUGAGCAAAAAAGUGGUAAAAAGACCGUCGUUAUUUUUGCGGCGCUCAGGCAGAUGCCUCUUGUGGUUUAGUCUAUAACAAAGAUUCAAAAUUUGUAUGAGCAUCUCAACAUUCUGGCAAUUUCGCUCUACCGCAAUCCUCCGUGAAAUCUCGGCCGCGGCCCCUUCCUUUUCCAAUAUUGCAUUGAUUUCACGUGGAAAGCGGCAGAGCGCGAUUGCCAGACUUUUGCGGUUUUUUAAUUCAGUAUUUUACCCUAAUUAUCCCCCCUUUUUCAGACCGUAUCACAAGGAAAUUCGCAAAUUUUUGGCAAAACUCAAACGGUGA